AGUUCUAUCUCUCUAACUGAGAAGGUUGGGUCAUCACUGACAUCAGACCCUGAACCUACCCCACCAAGUACAGAAACAGAGCAAGAGACAGAUCUUUCAGUCAAGCCCCAAGCACCGAAGGCUCCUGUGAGAGGCAUCAUCAGGUUCCACGGUGAGGCCACCAUGGAGUAUCUAUGCAUCACGCUGACUGACGUCUAUGAGUCUCUGGCCAAUGUCUAUAUCAGGGGAUUGCAGUUCUCUCUCAUAGACAAAGAUACAAGGAUGACUGUCAAAGCAAGAUUGAAAGAUUUUUCCUUUGAGGAUGCAGUUGUUAAUACGCCUUAUCCCAAGAUCAUAUGUCUACAGGACCAGACUGCUAUUGAUAUUAGGUUUGUCCAGUUCAAGCAACCCACCCGUCAGCCCAUCCCCACCAUCAUCCCACCAGACCCUGGGGCCUCUACGGGACCCACCCACGUCCAGCUAGACUACAGCCUCAAGGUCAGGCUAGGGAGUAUACAGGUCGUGCUACUCGGACCUUACAUCAAGGAACUACUGUCUUUCUUUGAACCAUUCAUCAACCAAGGUGCUAUUGAUACAGCAAAAGAGGCAUCUAGCAAAGCAGUUCAGACAGUGGACGAGAUGCAGCAGACCGGGGUGAAAGUGGGACUAGACAUCAAGAUCCGUUCCCCCAUCAUCCUGGCGCCCGAGAAGCCCAACUCCGCCCAUGCCUUGGUGGCCAACCUCGGCAACCUAUCAAUCAUCAGCUCGUUUGAUACGGAGGGCGGGAUCGAGUCGCCGGACGGGCGAGCCAAGGUGACAGCUCCCCUGAUGAUGUAUAUUACUACGAGACUCACAUCUGUGCAGAUAUCAAGAGCUGUAAUCCAUGCCAAUCAGACUAUUGGUUCCUAUCGUCUCAUUGUGGAACCCGUGGAACUCCGUGUUGACCUCAGCCGACCUGUUGACCCCGACGUGGCUGCAGUGACCCCACUGAGAGUCACUGCAAACCUUGAGAUCGUACAGAUCAACAUCGGAGAACAAGAUAUAGUUACAAUUUUGGCAACACUGAGCGAAAAUCUGAUGGCGCCCCCUAGGGUUGUGGCAGAAGCAAUGAUUGAAGAAACCUUAGCUACCACAGAGGCAGAAGUUCAUGAAAGUCUUCCAGCUAGCAGUGUCUCUCCACCGGCCAUCAUCACCCCACCUCCCAAACCCAAGGACACCAAACCAAGGAAGACCAUGUUCAUUCAGUUUGUUAUGGAUGGAGCGGAGCUAGAGUUCUAUACCAAUGAACAAAGAUUGCAAAGGAGUGGAAAGGGCGUGUCUUCCCGUGACCCGAGGAACGGCCUGUCACGCUUCAGGCUCCAUCAGGUCACUGGAUCAAUGUCAGCCUACAGUACUGGAGCCAUGAAUGUCACUGCUAGUAUACUCACAAUCACCCUGGAAGAUAUUCGACCCAACAGCCCUCUAGCUAUCCGACAGUUACUCCUGAAGAGCAGUAAGAAAGCCAGUCGGCGUACGUCAGCCCCUGGGAGCCCUCCGUCCCCUAAGGUUACCCCCAUGGUAGAGUUCACUUAUACUCAGGAUGAGAAUCAGCUACAAAGCAUUGAUUUCAUCAUCGAAGGUGUCAGAGUUAACAUCUUUGUGCAUUACCUUUUGGCCAUCUAUAACUUCUUGAGUAGUGCAUUGACCCAGAGCAAACUGGAAUCACCACUCAGUCCCAGCGGUGGGCAGACAUCCAGGCAGUCAUCUCGGACACUUUCAGUGCAAGGCGGUCCGGUCGGUCAGAGCGUAAGCCAGUCAGAAGGCUUGAACCUCAGAGCUACGACCCCAGCAAGAACGACCUCUAGGUCACUACAGGUCAAAUGCCAGCUGAGGAGGCCAGAGAUUGUGUUGUUUGAUGACCCAACCAGUCAGAACAGCCAGUGUCUUGUCCUUAGGAGUGUGGGAAAGUUUGCCUAUAAGAGCAGUGAGAUUGGACAACAGGUAGUUGCCAAUUUGGAUAAAGUACAGAUUUUUUCUUGUGUAUAUUCCCAAGCAGUGCGGACAGCAUAUCAGGUGCUUGAACCGUGUGCAGUGACCUUUACCCAGGUCACGACCCCUGACCAGGGUGACCUGAUGACCGCUGACUUCACUGAUGUAUGCCUUCAUUUAUCACCUAGAGUGGUCUAUGUGGUAAGGGGCGUGUCUGAGGCCCUAGCAUCGGUCACACAGAAACCAGCCAGCAGUCGACAGCUUCUAGAGGAUUAUGAGCACGAGGAUCUAUGGGGUCCUAAACCCAUCUUCUCACAUAGCUUCCAUAAACGCAAAGGGAGUAUGAAGAACAUGGUUGACUUUGCCCCGCCUACUGAACCCACCACCACACCAAGGCAGAAGCUUACCGUCCAGCUUCCCAGGUUUGAAGCAUACAUGGAGCUUGAAGAAGCCCUGGACCAUGUGGCCCUGCUGAGGCUGAGCUGUGGGUUCCAUGCCUCAAUCAUUGACUGGUCAUUCAAUUUGAGAGCUGAGGCUGAGAUGCACAUGGGUAUGAUGUCCUACAAUGAAAAACUUUCAGUGUGGGAACCCAUCGUUGAACCAGUUAUGGAAAAAGAGGGAGAUUAUAGAGCAUGGGAAGUCUCUGCAAAGCUUACCCGAGCAGAGAGCCACCCCAUCAAGUGUUACAGCAUGUGUGAUCGUAGUCCUGAUGGUCCACAGGACAGUGUUGAUGGAGGCAUCCAGCUGGUCCACACUCCGGGCUCCUACCCUGUGACCGAGACAGACUCGGAUAGCGACACGACCAGCGAGACGGAACUGGAGUGGGAUGGCCAUUACAGUAGUAGCUUCCUCAGUAGUGACAUUGCAAGCCCCCAGGAUGAAGACAGGAACCCUCCACAAGAGAGCAAGUCAGAGAACGAAGACGAGGACGAAGAGAACGAUGGAGGAUUCUUCAACAAGGUGGAGAAUAUAUUCAGGGAUAUCUUUUCAAGUGAUUCUGAGGAAGAGGAAGAAGCUGCAGGAGGAGGGAGAAGUGAAACUGAUGGUGGUAGGAGAAUGGAGUUGGCUUUGUCAGGUGGAGUUAAUACAGGACAAUGUGAUAGUGGGAUAUCGUCAUCAACAAGGAACUCAAACUCGCUAGCAAGCUCGGAACCAAGAGAUGAAAUAGACAGUGAUACAGAGGUUACUGAUGUGGAGGUGAUGGCCAACUACAUCAUCCUGAACUCGCAGGACAAGCUUCAAGUCACGGUGACCCCGGUCUCGCUUGGAGUCGUCAAGGACCUUGCUGAAGCGUUCAGUACAGUUCCUGAACCUCAGUUACAGAUAAUGCGAAAUGUACAAGAAGCAUCCACUCAAAUUGUCAAUACAACAGGUCUGAAUGCAAGACUACUAGUGCCUUCAUCUUUCAUUGAGAAUGCCGAUUCGGUUGGUAUCAGCUUGGUACCCAUCAACGGGGGACUCGUUGCGCCAAGCCGAGCCAACCACCAACCCCUCACCCCAGAGGAGACCCGUGGUGUUGACACCACCGACGCAGCCACGCCCGACGAUCCCCUAGAAACAGAAGGGCUUGAUGACUUAGAGGACCUUGUGAGAACCUCAAAGUACUGCAAGGACAAGUCCCAUGUAUCCUGCAUCUCAGCUGACGAUACAGACAGCGGUGCUCAGGACGUCAAUCAAAACGGUGUCACACUAGAGGUUGAUGGAUUCCGUUCUUUGACUAAUCUGAUUCCUGCCGUAGCUGGCACUUCUCUCUAUCCUCUUUCUCCUUCUAACUCACAGUCUGAUAAGGUCUAUGGGAUUGUACGAGAGGUUCAUAUCAGCCACGGCAAAGAGAAAAUCAAGCUCCGUUCUCCCCUUCAGGUAGCCAACCACUGUCUAGUAGCAGUGCAGCUGUUCUACAAGAAGCUUGAUCUACAGACCCUCCAUGGGGCUAUCAUACCAGGGCUGGACGAAGAAGAAUUCACCAGUCUUGGCAUCAUCCAGCCCGAGGAGGUGAUGGAUAUACCGGUCAUCGUCGCCUACCAUGCGGGCAUCUAUGCCUGUCCAGUUGACCAGGGACUUGAUCAUAUUGUUCAUAGGUACGGUGUGAGUGAGAAGCCUAUUCUCUGGAGGGACCUUCAAGAACCAGCAGAGAUGUCAUAUCUUUGUCCUUCCAGCAAGAGAGGAGCACUUCCACCAUUUUACUUCAAGGUGAAGAGGAAAGAUGAGAAGAUCCCUCGUCCAGAGGGGUUAGAGGAUGCACCCUGUUACACCCUAAACCUCUACCCACCUGUCACGUUACAUAACUACCUCCCCUAUGAUGUUGUCUAUACCUUAGAGGAGACAGGUCUGAAGUUCCUGUUGAGAGGCGACAAGAUGGCGAUAUACUCUACAGAUCUGACUGAGCCACAAAGCAUGAAAAUACAGGUCAAACAAUAUCUCUCUGCAAACUGGGAGGGGCAUCUCCCGGUUUCCAGGGAGAUGAAAACAACGGAAUCCAUCACCAUGGCAACCAAACAGGUGCACUCAGACCAGCGCAAGUACCUGACGCUGUGGGCCCAUAGCUCCAGCGAGGGAGGGUCAUGGGAUAUAUUUCUUUAUUCGCCGUACUGGUUUGUGAACAAGUCAGAGCUACCUGUUGAAAUAAGGGCCUCUCGAUCAAGAAAGAUCUUCAGCACACACUCUUUAAGUGAUCCGGUUCUCUUUACAUUCUCAAACUCAAAGAGGAAAAAGGCCAAGCUAAGGGUGUUUGAUUCCAUCUGGUCGGCCUCCUUCUCAUUGGAUACGGUAGGGAGUUCAGGGGUCGUGACCUGUAAGGAUGAAGAUCAUGAAAGAACUUAUCAGUUCUGGCUGGACAUCCGUAUGUCACACCUUCCGUUCACCAAGCUAGUCACCCUCACACCAUACUUCCUUGUACACAACAAGUCUGACCAGGAGCUUUCUUACGCAGAGGAUGGGGUCAAAGCCGGGGUCUGGGUCAACAUAAAACCCACAGAGGUGCUUCCAUUCUGGCCCGGCUCUGAGUCCAUGAAGCUCAUCCUGCGGAGGUCAACGACCCCAGACAACCUGAGUUCACGACCUUUCCUGAUAGACACACCCUGUACCACAGUCCUUAGGAUGGAAAGAGGGACUGGUGUUACAGUUCAAGUCGAAGGAGGUGUACAAGAACCUACUACUAUUACAUUCCUACCAUAUACCUCAGGACAUUCACCAGUCCGGUUAGAUAACCUGUGUGAUGACGUCAACCUUAGGAUAAAUCAAAAAAACAACGGAGGGCGUCACUUAGUUCGUCCACACCGUAGUCUGCUGUAUACGUGGGAUGACCCUACUGCAGAAAGAAUACUCAUGUGGAACCUGUACAAUAGGAACAAGAAGAGCUUUGAAUGCCUCAUCGACCAGGAUGGUUGGGGCAAGGUGACAGUAAGUUCAGAGAGUGUUAAUCGAAGCACUCUACCUGGCGAUGGGCUCUACGUCGAAGGCGAUGAUGCAAGUGUUUAUAGCACUGAUGAUGAAGAAGUAACAGAGCCCGAUGGUCUCCUGGAGCAUCCUUUGAUGAACAAGAAACAGAGAACAACCAUCUACUGGGUGUCUUACAUGGAUGGACUGCAGAGAGUACUGGUCUAUACACAGAGCUCAAGAAUAGCCAGGGCAGCAGCUCAGGCCCAAGUAUCAGAGCCUGCAACCCUGGAAUUCCUAGCCUCUCUCCAAGGCAUUGGCGUGUCACUGGUCAAUGCUGCCUAUGAGGAAGUAGCCUAUCUGAGUCUGUUCAGCUCCCCGGCCCGCUGGGAGGUGGAGUCUAAGGCUAACAGGUGGAAGGCACUGGGGAUGGAGCUGACAGGGGUUUUGGAGAAUGCCUGGAAGCAUGGACAAGAGGUCAUAGUUGAUGACGAGGGGACGAUACAGGCUGAUCUGAGAGCACAAACUAUUGCAAAGCCUGUUCAAGGAUCAUUGAGGAGAAUCCAUAACCCAGGGUUGUGGCUACAUUUCAGGAAGUCAGAUCAUCAUCAAGGAUUGCAUCUAAAGAUACAGAAGAUACAGAUUGACAACCAAUUGUUUGAUGCGUACUUCCCCAAUGUAUUACAUGUGAAUGCCCUUCCCAAGGAUGUACUAAAGAAGACCGGUCCCCGUCCAUUUGUUGAGGUGUCAAUUCUCAGGAGACAGAUGCCAGAGUAUGGUGCAGAUACUAUCAAGUAUUUCAAAGUACUGGUUCAGGAGGCUAGCUUGAAGGUUGACAAUGGUUUCGUCCUGUCUGUAUUAGAUGUCUUCUCACACUUACAAGAGGAACAAGACGAGGUGCUAUCAUUACGUGCUGAUCUGAACUACAUCCAGAGCUCCCUUAAGGAGACAUCUAAGACCAUAUCAAGCAGUACUGCUAACCCUAUCUUCUUUGAAUUCUUCCAUCUAUCUCCACUCAAGUUCAUCGUAAGUCUCUCACUGAGCGGGGAGCCACACAUAACCAAUGAGAAGCCUUCAUCCUUCCAACGAGACCUUGGGCGUGUCCUACUGGAGAGCAUAGGAUCCACCCUUACAGAGGUCACCGAAGUUGAACUCAAGUUGGGUUACUUCGAGAGGAGGAAUGCCCUAUUGACGACAGCGCAGCUGACGUCAGAGGUUCAGGCUCAUUACAUCUCACAGGGAAUCAAACAAGCCUAUGUGUUCAUCCUAGGCUUGGAUGUACUAGGGAAUCCCUAUGGGCUGUAUAGAGAUGUCAAGGAGGGCAUCAGUGAUCUCUUCUAUGAACCGUAUCUGGGAUUGAUCCAGGGCCCAGGAGAGUUUGCAGAGGGUCUUGCCAAGGGUGUACAGAGUCUACUUGGACACACAAUAGGUGGAGUAGCAGAAGCAUUUGGUGGUGUGUCAGGAACCUUGGGCAAGGCCCUCUCUGUUCUCUCCUUUGAUGAGGAUUUCCAGAGGAAUCGAGAGAGACGUAUGAGGAGACACCCAGACAGCUUUCCAUUCCAGCUUCUCAAUGCUGGCCAGGGUUUUGUCAUGGGGAUAGUCUUGGGUCUAUCAGGGGUAGUAACGUCCCCUAUCCACGGUGCCCAUGAGGAGGGUAUCAAGGGAUUCUUCAAGGGAAUCGGUAAAGGCUUGAUGGGUCUCAUCGUAAAGCCCCUCGGAGGAACCAUUGAUGCCAUCACCCUGGUCUUGGAAGGUGUAGAGAGGGCAGCAGAGGCUGGAGAGCAGGUCGUAGGUCGGCUCAGGAUACCCAGGUUCAUCAAUCCAAAACAGGGCCUGACUCCAUACUCCCCAUACAGGGCUGUCGGUAACAGCAUCUUACACAAUAUCAGACGCAAGGAAAUCUACAACACUGAUAUCUACUAUGCACAUGCCACUGUGUCAUCGGACAGUACUCCGGAUGUGGUACUCAUCACGACAAGGCGGGUCUUGGUCCUCGAGAAAUGCCGUUGGUCUGGAGGUUGGGACCUGGAGCAAAGUGAUAGGUUCAAGACCAUUCUCACCUUACCAAAGAAAGAUGGCAAUAAAAUCAUCUUUACUGCUGUGCAUGAAGGGAAGCAGAAGAAGAGAGAGAUUGUUUGUCAAAAUGCAGAACUUUGUCAGUGGGUGCUCGUCAGGCUGGAAGAAGCCCUCCGCAAGUUCCAGGAGGAGAAGAAUCGGAUUGUGACCAUCUAAAGGUCCUACUGGCUCCAAGGAGCUCCGUCUCAAGGUCA